AUAAAACACCCUCUUCACUGAUCUUACUGAUAUCGUAUUAUUAGAAAACCAAGAGAAUUGAAUUAGCUGAUAACAAGUUCUUGUUCCAUUAACUAAUCAGAUAUGGGCGCUUCAGUUCCUUUACUGGCACCUUUUCUUGCAGCACUUCUAUGGACUCUUCCUCCUGUUGCCAUUGCAGGGAUUACUAGGCACUACAAGUUUAAUAUAGUAUCGACCAAUGUCACAAGAUUGUGUACUACAAAAAGCAUGGUGACGGUGAAUGGCCAGUUCCCUGGGCCUAGGAUUGUUGCAAGAGAAGGUGAUCAACUUCUGGUGAAGGUGGUCAAUCAUGUUUCUAGCAAUGUCACUAUCCAUUGGCAUGGCAUUCGACAACUUCAGACAGGAUGGGCAGAUGGACCAUCAUAUGUCACACAAUGCCCUAUUCAAACAAACAAUACUUAUGUGUACAAUUUCACAAUUAGAGGACAAAGAGGAACUCUUUUAUGGCAUGCUCAUUUCUCAUGGCUUAGAGCUACUGUCUAUGGACCCAUUAUCAUCCUCCCUCCAAGAAAUUCUUCCUACCCAUUUCCCAAACCCUACAAGGAAUUCACAAUCUUGCUUGGAGAGUGGUAUAAUACUGAUCCUGAGGCAAUCAUUAAUCAAGCUUUACAAACAGGAGGUGCACCUAAUGUCUCUGAUGCCUACACAAUCAAUGGGCUUCCAGGCCCAUUAUAUAAUUGUUCUGCAAAUGAUACAUACAAAUUAACAGUGAAACAAGGGAAAACAUAUCUUCUAAGAGUGAUUAAUGGAGCAGUUGAUUCAGAUCUCUUUUUCACUGUAGCAAAUCACAAUUUAACUGUGGUUGAAGCUGAUGCAAGGUAUGUUCAACCUUUUGAAACAGACAUUUUGCUAAUUUCAGCAGGACAAACCACAAAUGUUCUUCUUAAGACCAAACCCAUUUACCCAAAUGCCACAUUUUUUAUAUUAGCAAGACCAUAUUCAACUUCUCAAGGUCCAAUUGAUAAUUCAACUGUAGCUGCAAUUCUUGAAUACGAAAUCCCUUCAAAUUUCUCAAAAGCCAGUUCAAAACCCCCAAUUAUUACUCCUUCUUUGCCUCAAAUCAAUGACACAAACACUGCUAUGAGCUUUGCAACCAAAUUUCAUAGACUGGUUAAUUCUCAGUUUCCUGCUAAUGUGCCUCAAAAAGUUGACCAACAAUUUUUCUUCACAGUAGGUUUAGGAACAAGCCCUUGCCCCCAAAAUCAAACAUGUCAAGGGCCUAAUGGAACAAAAUUUGCAGCUUCUGUUAAUAACAUUUCCUUUGUUCAACCUGGAAGAGCAAUUCUUGAAUCCUAUUAUUUUAACCAAUCAAAUUAUGGGGUUUACACUACUGGGUUUCCAAGAUUUCCCCUAACUCCUUUUAAUUAUACUGGAACCCCUCCAAAUAAUACUUUUGUUACAAAUGGGACCAGAGUUGUGGUUCUUCCAUUUAAUGCUAGUGUGGAAGUAGUGCUUCAAGAUACAAGUAUUUUUGGUACAGAGAGUCACCCUCUUCAUCUUCAUGGUUAUGAUUUUUAUGUAGUUGGUCAAGGAUUUGGAAAUUUUGAUCCUUAUAAUGAUCCUAAAAAUUUUAAUCUUGUUGAUCCUGUUGAACUCAACACUGUUGGUGUGCCCGCUGGUGGAUGGGUGGCAAUUCGUUUUUUUGCUGAUAAUCCUGGAGCAUGGUUUAUGCACUGCCAUUUUGAUGUGCAUUUGAGUUGGGGCUUGAGUAUGGUAUGGAUAGUCCUUGAUGGAGAACUUCCAAAUCAGAAGCUGCUUCCUCCACCGUCUGAUCUUCCAAAGUGUUAGAUCAAUAAUUUUUUAGAUUUUUGCUUUUGGGUCUGUCUGUCUGUAGCUUUACCCAACGUUUUGUGUUGGAUUCCAAAUCGUUUCUUAUUUUGUUUUGUCGUUUGGCUUUUAUUUGUCAAUAAUUUUGCAAUUUUAGAGAACUCUAUUACUAGAGGUACAAUUUUACUCGUGGAGAGAAGGUUUUCUCCAGGGAUAAAGAUUAGGUGUUGAUGUGCUUAUUUUUAUGUCAAUCAUCAGCCGUUGAACCAAAAUCUUUCAUCUGAUUCAAUUGUUGAUGAUUCAGUUCAUGCUUAUUAAGUCAUUGUUAAUAUAAUUAAUAUUAUCAACA